UCUUCACAUUUUUUUUCAUCCUAUAUUCCCUAAUUAAUCUCUCUCUCUCUCUCUUACAAUGUAGAUAUUGUGUCAGAAAAUACAUUCCCCUUUUGUCCUCCUGAGUUCUGAGCAAGCGGACCCUUUUGUGUCAGAAGAAAAUCCCCAUCUCCAACUAUUGUUUUUCUUUGGAUCUAUCCCUAAAAGGCAACCCUUCUAGACUAGUUGGUUACACGUACAACCAUAAUAUAUCUGCAUCACCCACACUAGUUUUCACACAUAAUAUUCUUCACAGAGUGUUUUUAGAGAGACCCUUUUGCCCAAUAUCAAUACCCUUUUGAGUUUUGUACCCUAAUCUCUUCCCAACUAUGAAUUCUAAGCGCUUCUCUCCUCCCUCUAGUACAAUAAAAUCUAGGUUCACCUGCCGCUUCCUUCGAGCCUUCUUGAAAAUAAAUAGGCAAAGAACUCGUACCCCAUCUUCCCCCAUGGAGAUCUGUCAGCGAUAUCUAAAAGUUAAGCUUGCUGCUGAUGUAUCCAUGGCUUCUGCUGUGGGUCCAAGGAGGGCUUGGAGUCGUGCUAUGCUUGCAAAGAUUCGACACGGUGUUCGUGCUGGAAGCACGAGCUCUCUUACCAUGAGAAAAAGAAAGAUAUAUCAUGGAAAAAAGUCUACAAAGGAGGUAGGUAUUGCUGGCAAUGCCAAGAUGCUUAGAAAGCUAGUGCCUGGUGGUGAAGCAAUGGAUACAUGCAGCUUGUUAGAUGAGACCUUUCAUUAUAUAAAGUGCCUCAGCACUCAGGUAAAGGUGAUGACAAGAAUUGCUGAUCAAAUUUGCUCUACUUGAGUUGAGUUGUGAUAUAUUGUCAGAUUUUGCGUUGAAAUAAAUAUGCAACCAAAGAGAUCUUACUGUUUGUGAAGAAUAAAUUCCCAUCCUAAUUAAGGAACACAUGGCCUGAGGGAUGAACUGUAAAUAAUUAAAUAGCAUUUGUAUAUGGUUUAAUUUCUUUGUUGUGCUUCUUCUCUCUUUUUCCAUUAAUUAUUAGUAUUAUUUUUCUUGGUAGAUGGUAUAUUAAUUUUUAUGUAAUGAACUAUAAUGUGGGGUUAGAAACUGAUGGGAUUUAAUACCACUUGUGGCUGAAAAGCUUGUUUUGAUUC